CAGCAGAGGGAGAGGAGAGAGAGAAGAAAAAAGGGAUGUGUGUGAGUGUGCGGUGAUCGGUGCUGCAGGUACAGUCACAGCCGGAGAUACAGCUUCAAGAGCCGCACCGGACCGCGGCAAGACCGCCUCGGAGCCUGCCUGCCUCUCUCUCUCCUCCUCAUUUCUUCCAGUAACAACCCUCCGCGAUGUCUGGCGGAGGAGAGGUUCGCGUCCUCCGCCAAGAGGGCGGCCAAGAGAGCCCGAGGAUGCCGGCCUGGAAGCGAGAAAUCCUGGAGAGGAGGAAGGCGAAAGGCGGCGGCGGGGCUGGGGGAACCGGUGCUCCGGAGGCUAGCCCCGGGGGAGCGGGCCCGCAGCGGGUAAACGGCGAACUAACGGGGAAUGUGAACGGAGGAGGUGGUGGCGCGACCGGGCGGAACUACACCAUCACCCCGGCCACCCAGCACUUCUCCCACAACAAAGAGCCACAAGCGACGGCCGCGGCGACACCGAGGGAGGAGGGCAGACACGAGAGUCUGGUGCUGCAGGAGAGCCUGGGGCCGCUGGAGAAGAACCCGUUCAUCAAGCUGGAGAAGGAGCGGAGGAGGCGGCAGGAGCAAGAAAACGCCACCCGCCCGGUCCAGCACAUCCUGGAGCUGUACGGCAGUGUCCCCGGCAUACGGACUAUCCGAGCGGAGAACAUCAUCAUCAUCGAGUCGGACCCGGAUUACUUUGCGGAAGGUGGAGGCGUGAAAAGCGAGUGCCAAUGGCAGCAGAACGGUGUGAGUAGUUACAGCUCUCUAAACGACCUUCUGGACCGCAGAGGGAGUGCUGUUACCGAGAUAAGAGCCAAGGAAGUCGUCAUUUAUGACACCACGUUAAGCAAGAGCGAGGAGAACCUGAGCACCCUGGGCCGUCCUGAUCAGGAGGUCCCCUAUAAUACAGGUGACGGUCAAGGUAGGGUCAGCCGGAUCCUCCAGAAGUUUGACAGCAACUAUGGGAAGCUGCAGAAGAAGUCCCACAGCACAGAGAACCUCCUGGACCUGGAUUGUAGUGCCAGCAGUAGGCCAAGACUCUGGCCCAAGACGCAGCCAGAUCUGGUGCCAAAGCCCAGGCCGGGUCCACGGGUCAGCAGCCCGGGCAGUAGCCAGCCAUCUUCGCCUGUCUUCCAGGGUCCCUGGUCUUCCAAACCAAAGCCACAGCCUGCCGUCUCUGGGCCGGGCAGCCCCCAGCGUUCACAGCCCGUGUCUUCCUUCCGUCAGCGCUUUGAGGAGAGUGGAGUCCACCACAGCGCAGCCGUCACCCCCAGAGACGAGCCGGACAGGGGGACAAACAAGCCCACCAGGGAGAGAGACUGGGAGGCCGCUGAGGUGCCCCCCAAACCUAAGGUGCCAUGCUCUCCGGAGACCCGCCGUGCCCGUGCCGAGGCCCCUUUGAGCCCUGUCUCAUCCAAGGUGACCUGCUCCUCACACGAGUUUGAAAUCCGUCCCGCUCCAAAGCCAGACCUCGCCCAGAUUCCUGAUGGCGACACCCAAGCACGGGCCCUCGCAAACCUUCGCCUCCAGUCCCGAAACUCCUUCACAGUGAUCCCCAAGCGCCAUUUGGCUGCCUCAUCUUCAACAAGCAGCCCCAUGGUGACACCUGGCCCCAUCAAGUCCUCCCCCUCACACAGAGCAGCAGAGGUGUCCAAACCUGGAGUGCCAACCUCCCCCACCCUGUUAAAGAGGAAAGAGGAGGAGGAGAAGGAGGUGGAGAGGCCAUCCAAACCUGAACCAUCUCCUCUCACUGUUGCCACAAGUCCUGCUCCUUCUCUCUCUGAACCUUUAUCUCCAUCCCCUGCUCCCACUUCUCCGCCUGUCCUCUCUUCACCCCCCUCUUCUCCAGCUAUCCCAUCUUCACCUCCCUUCUCUCCCACCCAGUCAGUCUCUUCUCCAGUGCAACCUCCAGUGGAUCAGCUGCCAGUAACAAACAUUGACGACAUCGAGGUGGAGCCCCCACCCGAGCGUGUCCCUGUUCCGAGCCCCUUGGUGCAGAGGAAAAAGGGGAACACAUUCACUGUGGUGCCUAAACGUCGGGUGGAGUCUGAUGCCCAGCUGAGCCCACCUGAGCCCCAGCAGGAAGCCCCGAGUGAAGCCCCUCCGGGGUCAACCCCUCCCCAGGCCCCCUACGCCCAGCUGGGUUCCCUGUUGAAGAAGCGCUACCCUGCUGUGGAGGAGAUUGAAGUCAUCGGCGGGUACCUCUCCCUUGCGAAGUCCUGCCUCUCCAAGACUGGCUCCACGGGCAAAAAGCUGAAGAUCUCCUUCAACGAGUCCAGCCUCCAGAGCACCUACGAGUAUCCAUCAGAAAGCAGCGUGUGGGACAGCGGGGAGGAGGAAGAGGAGGACAAACAAGAUGAGAAGUUGGCAGACGAACAGCCAAGCAUGGUUGGACGGAUCCACAUCCCUCGAGCCAGUUUGACCGGCUCGCCCUCCCACACCACCAACAGCAACGAUCUGUCCAGCUACAUUCCCAAGCACUCGGUGGACUUCAGCGCCUGGCAGGAGCACAAACACGAUGACGGCAUUAACCAGGAGGAUGCCGCCUCCCAGCAGACACAGAGAACUGAGGAGGUCAUGCUCACGCCGGCGGACAGCUCCUCCCUCACCGACUACAGCAGUGAGCCCGCUCUUUACUUCUGAUCUGCCUGACCAAUCAGCUGUACAGUAGCAUCGCAGCAUCUCACCCGUGGGACCAGACUGCCUCCACCUCGACACUCCAGCCGACUAUAAGCACAUCUUCCUGACCAGACAGGAAACAUGGGUGUUUUAUUUUUGUUUUUCUGGCUGAUUUCCUGCCACGGCACCGCCACACGCCACGUUACCAGCUGCGCAUUGGAGCUGCCGGGUGGCUGGCGUUCAAUGCCCACCUUCUUUCUGAAGCUGAAGCAACAAAUCUUAAAAAGAAAAGAAGGAGGAAAAAAAAAAAAAAAAGCAGCUGGGCUGUCUUUCCCAACCCGUGAUCCUCUAACAGACAGUUGAUCUGUCAGCGUCCAGAAUCUUCCUCCUUGCCACGCUGUAGAAGUUUUUGCUGCUUUCGAGGUUCAAAUUUAGCUUCAGGUUUUAUUUUAUUUUAUUCUUUUUGGAGGAUGUCGACGAGGGAAGGAGCCGACAGAGUUCAGUGUUAUCGUGGAAGCGUGUCAUUACAGCAGAUUGGCGGCAGAUACACAUAAAAAUGGUGAAAGGGUGCCACAAAUGCAUUUCUUUGUUCUCUUUUUUUUUUUCUUUUUUUUAUCCGCAUGUUUUGAUUUGAAUCCAGCACUUCUGUUGGUUCUGUCUUACUGUAAAGCUUCUCUAUGCCUUUUUUUUUUUUGUUAGGUUUUGUAUAUUUUCUGGCAGACUAUGUACUGAUUGAAGCUGCUGGAUUUUUUAAUUUUUUUUUGGCAAGCAAACUUCAACACAUGUCUUCUUCAUGUGACGAGGGAGGAAACAUAUGCACCCCACCCCCCGGGAUCAGUAGCACCUCUCAUUCCUUAUUAAAUGCUUGAUAAAGUGACCUUGGCCAACAAUGUCUGUACGUCCGUAUUGCUGAAAUCACGUGUCCGUAUAUCUGCUCUGGAAAGCUGGUAGACCUCCCGAUGCCUUUCCUCAGCUCUUUGUGUAUUUAUUCCUGCUUAACGUUGAAGUUUGCAUGUCUGAAAUCUGCUUUUUUUUGAGGGGGGGGUCGUUUUGUUUGUUUUUGUUUUUUUUGUACAGAUGUUUGCUGGUGAGGGCUCCGAAAGAUCCCCGCCAGACCAGUCGGACCUCAUCUACUUUCACAUUCCACAGGGAAAGAAGGCGGUCCACUUUGAAGGCAACAGUGAUUGUGAUUGAUCAUUAAAAGAAAAAAAAAAGGCGUUUUGUGAGAAAGAA